UCAUGUGAUUAGUAAGAAAUUAACUUCUGCAGAUUCUAACCUAUAAAUGUGCGUCCUUUGCCUGUCACUGGUGGGGGUCAUUUUAUUCCUGGUGUUCUUCAUCGCCCCACACAUGUUCCGAUGGUUCCCAGGCCUUAUCAGAGGAUUUAUAUUUGUUCCAAAUGAGGAAUUACCUGUAAAUGUAAACUACAAAGAUCCUGGAGCUUCUGGGUUUCCAGGGAGAAAUUUUUACCUCACAACCGAAGACGGAGUAGUGCUUGGUGUGUGGCAUACGUUACCAUCAAAUCUGGAAUUAGAGGGUUUGGAGUUGAAUGGGACAGACCCAGGACAACACCACAGUGUCCCAGAAGUACGAUGAGGUGUUGGCCAACGCCACAGUGUUCCUGUACCUCCACGGCAGCGCAGGCACCCGUACUUCCUCACACCGGCUCAGACUGUACCGUCUGGUCAACCAGCUGGGUUACCAUCUUGUUACCUUUGACUACAGAGGAUAUGGUGACUCUACUGGGCAGCCCCUGACUGAGUCGGAUCUCGUUAGAGACGCCAUUACCGUGUUCACUUGGCUAAGAGACAGAGUUGUCACUGGGAACAUCUUCGUCUGGGGCCACUCUCUCGGGACCGGGGUUGGUGCUCAUUUGGCGAAAGAAAUUCAAAGUAGAAGUGAAAAGAUCAAAGGACUCGUCUUAGAGGCUCCUUUUAACAACAUGAAAGAUGAAUUCAGAGCAAACCCCAUGGCUGAAACAAUUUCAUCACUGCCGAUGUUUGAAGAUUUUUUCAUAAAACCACUGGAAGAGAACGAUUUGGCAUUUGAAAGUGACAAACACUUGAUGAAUACAUCUGUGCCGAUCCUGAUUCUGCAUGCCAAAGAUGAUAAAAUAAUUCCCUACAGUCUUGCUGAAAAGUUGUACCAGACUGUGAUCACAUCAAGGAAAGACCCAGAAACUGUGAAGCUGAUCGGUUACGACAGCAGACUCGGUUACGGUCACUACAACAUAACACUGGAUCCCGACCUCAACACUACGAUCAGUCUCUUUGUUGAGAAGUCCACAACGUGAUCACAUUCUUCAAGUGGAUGUGAUUCUUUCUUACUAAUUAAGAUAUUUUAACGAAACAAUUAGUGUUAUUUUUGUUAUAAAUCUUUGUUGUUCAUGUUUGUACAAUUAAUUAUACAAGUGUGAUAUUUUAAA